CUUCCCUCCAUCGCUUCGAUGACGAAUUCUCAAGAUAAGACAACAUGAUUUCUUUUCUUCAGUUGUUUGUUUACACAUCAACCAUCGACACAUGACUUGGCUAGCCGCCGCCACGGCGAUUGGCAUGUGCCUGGGCGCUGCCCUCCCGACCCCUUCCACCGAGGACAUCAAGCUCCUCAAGCUCAAGGAGGAGAGCGCGCUCAGCAACAUCCUCUUCCCUGUCCUUCCCUGCGGCAGCUUCAAGCUCGAGGAGGCCACCAUCGAUGAUAUGCAGGCUGCCAUGAACAAUGGCACCCUCACCUCGGUCCAGCUUGUCGGUUGCUAUGUUCGCCGUACUUUCCAGACCGAUCUCUACAUCAACUCCCUCCUCCAGUACAACCCUGAUGCCCUGUCCAUCGCUGCUCAGAUGGACGCUGAGCGUGCCGCCGCCAAGGUCCGCGGUCCUCUCCAUGGUAUCCCCUUCACCGUCAAGGACAACAUUGCCACCAAGGAUCAGCUCGAGACCACUGCUGGCUCGUGGGCUCUUCUCGGCAGCCUUGUCCCCCGUGAUGCCCACGUUGUCGCCAAGCUCCGUGAGGCCGGUGCCGUUCUCUUCGGUAAGACUACCCUCUCCGAGUGGGCCGAUAUGCGCAGCAACAACUACUCCGAGGGUUACUCUGCCCGCGGUGGCCAGUGCCGCUCUGCUUACAACCUGACCGUCAACCCUGGUGGUUCCUCCUCCGGUAGCGCCGUUGGUGUCGCUGCCAACACCAUCGCCUUCUCCCUAGGCACCGAGACCGACGGCUCCGUCAUCAACCCUGCUAUGCGCAACAACAUUGUCGGCUUCAAGCCCACCAGCGAACACCAAGAUACCGUCGGUACUUUCGGUCGUACCGUCCGUGAUGCUGUCUAUGCUCUUGAUGCCAUCUACGGCCUUGAUCAGCGCGACGAGUACACCCUUGCCCAGGACGGCAAGACCCCCGAGCACGGCUACGCAUCCUACCUCACCACCAAGGCUGCCCUCAAGGACGCCGUCUUCGGCAUUCCCUGGAACAGCUUCUGGCGCUACGCCGACCCUGAGCAGGUUCGCCAGUUGACCGCCCUUAUCAAGCUCAUCGAGGAUGCUGGCGCCACCAUCAUCAACGGCACCGAGAUUACCGACUACGAGAGAAUCGUCAGCCCCUACGGCUGGGACUGGGACUAUGGCACCAGCCGCGGCUACCCCAACGAGUCCGAGUACACCGUCGUCAAGGUUGACUUCUACAACAACAUCAAGACUUACCUCUCCGAGCUCGAGAACACCAACAUCCGCUCUCUCGAGGAUAUCGUCCAGUUCAACUACGACAACGAUGGCACCGAGGGUGGCCACCCCUGGCCCCUUGGUCACCCCGCCUUCUACUCCGGUCAGGAUGGCUUCCUCGCUUCCCUCGCCACCAAGGGUAUCAAGGAUGAGACCUACUACCAGGCCCUCAACUUCACCCAGUGCUCCACCCGCAACGGCAUCGAUGACGCUCUUACCUACAAGGGCAAGAAGAUCUCCGGUCUCCUUGUUCCUCCUGAUGUCGCUCAGGCUCCCCAGAUUGCUGCUCAGGCCGGCUACCCUAUGAUCACCCUUCCGGCCGGUACCCACUCCGCCAGCGGCAUGGGCAUCGGUCUCGGCAUCAUGCAGACUGCCUACGGUGAGCCCGAGCUCGUCAAGUGGGGUUCUGCCAUUGAGGACCUCCAAAAGUCCACCAACACCCCUUACAAGCGCACCCUUCCCCAGUGGAGAGAUUUCCUCAAGAGGAACAUUCCCGUCUACAACGUCUACGAGGGUUCCGAUUAA